ACUUCAUGUCACGCCAACCAGCCAACAUCAGCCAGUCAGCGAUUGAGAAUCCGUGUUCGAUUUCGUGAGUUGUGUUAGUACGACGAUUUAUUUAGAGUUAUUUUGUUAGUAAAUUUAUUGACCAGUGCAACUAAUAUUGUUAUUCGUACCCGAUAUAUUAAGUGAUUCUUCUACCAUCUGCGGAUCAAAAAUAGUGUCAAAGAAAAUUUUGUGCGUCUGACGGACUCCUUUCACAAAGGAUUAAACGGGAGACUUCGUGUUUUACCCGUGCGCAUUUCACCAAUACGACAACUACAUAUUGCGGAACAUUUGGAAUGCGUACAACAAGAGUCGUCAAUCACAAGUUGUGAAGGUGGAGGAGUGUGUAACUGAAGACUGGUAUGGGCGUGCGGUGAGACGCGGAAUCCCACAACAAGAUGACGGAGGGAGAACGGCAACAGAAUGCAGGCGGUACCAACGCCGCGCCACAGCACAGGAAGGGGCACAGGAGGCAAGAGUCAAUGUACGCAAUGACGGGAUUAUACGCGGAGUCUGGUUGCUCGGAGGGCGCCGGAGACGAGGCUGGGCCCAGCACCCCGCCGCACCCGUCCCACCCGCCGCGGGAAUCCGUCAAAUGCCACAGCCGAAACCCGUCGGCUGGCGUUUGCGACAGAGACCGCGAGAGGGACAAGGAAAGAGAAAAGCCUCGACAAAUGUACCCAGAAAUAUUAGACAUUCCUCAUGACGCAAGAGAUUGCGGUAUCUUGUCAUGGAGACCGCUUUUCAUCCAGAGAUUUUCUAGUAUUAAAGUGUUUGUAUUUUUCCUUUCGUUCCUGGUAACUCUACAACAAGCGUUGAGCUCCGGCUACAUAAACUCUGUGAUCACUACAAUCGAGAAACGUUUCGAGAUCCCGUCGAGUCUGUCGGGGCUCAUCGCGAGCAGCUACGAGAUCGGUAACGUCAUUACCGUCAUCUUCGUAUCCUACCUCGGCAGCAGGAGACACAUUCCAGUAUGGAUUGCAGUCGGUGCUGUAAUUAUGGGCAUCGGCUCGUUAGUGUUCGUCGUUCCGCAUUUUAUAGCGGAAGUGAAUAGCGAAACUUUGAUGAACAAUAAAUCUGACGACAACAUCUGUCGACUGCCACGUGCACUGGAACAGGAUAUGGGCGGCUUGGGGCGCCUCUCUCAGGGCUUACCACCCAGCAACCUGAGGCCAGACAAUUGUAUUAAGAGUUCCCCGAGCACCUUCAUGCCUGUGAUGGUGUUCAUAGUGGCGCAGUUGUUACUGGGCUGCGGUGGCUCGCCCCUGCUCACUCUCGGCACCACCUACGUGGACGACCACGUGCGGCCAGAGUCCUCCAGCAUGUAUAUAGGAUGUAUGUACAGUAUGGCUGCCUUCGGCCCGGUGCUCGGGUUCCUGCUCGGUGCAUAUUUACUGUCUUUCCACAUGGACUCGUUCUCCGGCGCUAUCAUCUCUAUAGAUCCCGGUGACCACCGAUGGGUUGGCAUGUGGUGGGGUGGUUUCCUGUUAUGUGGAUUCCUUCUCAUCCUCGUUGCGAUUCCCUUCUUCUCGUUUCCAAAAGUAUUGGUACGAGAGAAAGAGAAGAUAAGGCUAGUAGAGAAAGCAGCGGCUGCUAGUGGAGCAUCCACAUCUAAACCUCCCGUCAAGUCGCAGACAGACAUUAAAGAUACAGGGUACGGGAAAGAUAUCAAAGACAUUCCGGUGUCGAUGUGGCGGCUGCUGAAGAACCCUGUGUACGUGGUCACGUGCCUGGGUGCCUGUAUGGAACUCAUGAUCGUGUCGGGCUUCGUCGUCUUCCUGCCCAAGUAUCUCGAGACGCAAUUCAGCCUCGGCAAGAGCCAGGCUAGCGUUUUUACUGGUUCCAUCGCUAUCCCGGGUGCCUGCAUCGGUAUUUUCAUGGGUGGCUGCCUACUAAAACGACUGGAGCUUCGUCCCAAAGGCGCCGUUCAGUUCGUGCUCAUAUCAAACACUAUAUGUCUCUCUUGCUACGCUCUGCUGUUCUUCCUCGGCUGCGACAACAUCAAGAUGGCUGGAACCACAAUACCGUAUACUAAUCACAGCAAUCUGGAGCCUUUCAAAGUGAAUCUGACGGCGGCGUGCAACUUCAACUGCCUUUGCACGGAGACAGACAUGGAGCCAGUGUGCGGUAACAACGGGCUGACGUACUUCUCGCCGUGCCACGCAGGCUGCGCCGCCUUCUCCUCGCGUUCCAACUUUACUAAUUGCGCAUGUGUGCACGAGAACAGUCGCGGCGUGGGCGCGGUGGGCGGUGUGGGCGGUGUGGGCGGCGUGGUGGUGGAGGGCGCGGCGGCGGCGGCGCUGCGCGGGCCGGGCGCGGGCGCCGCCGACUACUCCGAGGUCACCGUGGUGCCCGUGGCCACGGCCGGCGCCUGCAACCCGCCCUGUACCACCAUCUUCCCCUUCCUCGUGCUACUCUUCUUCAUGACAUUCGUCGUCGCCGUUACGCAAAUGCCGCUUCUGAUGAUCGUUUUGAGGUCGGUGAGCGAAGAAGAACGUUCAUUCGCACUUGGCAUGCAGUUCGUGAUAUUCCGUCUGUUCGGGUACAUUCCUGCUCCUAUCGUGUUCGGUAAUCUCAUCGACUCGACGUGUCUGCUGUGGAAACAGUCCUGCAGCGGAGAAAAGGGGGGCCGGUGUCUGCUCUAUGACAUAGAACAGUUCAGAUACAGAUACGUUGGACUGUGCGGUGGCAUUAAGAUUGUGGCGCUGGGUAUAUUUAUGGCUGAUUGGUGGCUUGUGCGACGUCGGCGACACUUGGAAACAGCUCCUCCACUUGACCCUCACAAAGACAUCGCCGGCUCCAUCAUCAGUCUCGACAAACUUUUCGAAGAACUUCCAUCUGCCGACAACGCGAGUGGUUUCCGGUCUGGUGUCAUGUCAGGUGUAAGCUCGGCCACCACGACACCGAUGGAGCCGCCGACAGGAGGUGGCGACGCUCAUGACUCAUACCGACCCAAACUGCAACGUACUGAGUCUCAGUACUCGGAGGACUCGCAGACAAGAGGACCCAGCGGGAAGAACUCCCGCGUCCUCGUCGCCUCCCGACACUUACGCAACGACUCCAAGACCAUACAGCUGGAGCCGCGCGCGCGCCAGCACUCGCUCGACGAGCCCGAGCGCAACCGCGCCGUGCGCAGCGACUCGCGAGACUCCAGGGACUCGCGGGACUCGCGCGACUCGCGCCGCGACUUCACGCGCUCUGCGUCGCGCGACCUGCCCGCGCACUCGCGCUCUGGCUCGCGCGACUUCAAGGUGCACUCGCGCUCGGACUCGCGCGACCUGAGCCUGGACCAGCUCAAGCAGUUGGCGCUAAAGAGCAUGGAGAGCUUGGACCUCACCGUGCUGCCGCUGGCGCGCUGCGCAGACGAGGAGAGCAAGCGUCUCAUCGACACCGGCGGAGUGCUGCGCCACCGCCGGACCAGCUCCAAGGACUCCAAGAUGCCCGAGACGAAACACAAGCGUACCUCUUCACAUCACAUCACGAUGGAACCGAACGAGCUUAGUUUACAGAUGCAGAAGGGUCGAAGUGUGGAUCAUCUGGCAUCGACUCGGCUAGAUCCGUGCGUGUGAAAUGAACGAUAGGUUAAUAAUUAUGUACAAUAUAGUGCCGGAACUGAAUCUCAGUUGAGUGAGAGAACAGAGUGUGAACAUUUGCUUACUACCAUUGUGCACAACUGAGUGAUAACAUUAACAUGAGUAAGUUUAAACUACACUUAUUCUAAAUUUAGUAAAUAGUAAAAAAAUAUGAGUGAUUUCAAAUCAUAUCUUAUAUGUAGAUUCAAUUGCUUUCAGGAAAUAAAAAACUUUCGCUUCUGCAGCUAACUAGUGAUCUAGUAAUGAAUGACUUAUGAAGCUACAACAUGUAGGAUCGUAAUGUUUCAUAAAUCAUGUAGUGUGAUAACUGACUGUUGUUUUAACAUUAAAGUAAUACAAAUAAAUACUCGCAUCACUCCCAAUUUAGGUUUUAAUAUUGUAAAAUGUAAUUAUGUAGUUAAAUUUAAAUGUAAACUUAUUUUCUAUCAUCAAGAUGCAUACUACCUUACGAGAAAAUACUUUUUGUUGUACUUAAGAUUCAAGUACAUUAAUUUAAAUUCAAUUGAUGUGUACAUUUUAAUAACUAAUGUUGCUAUGUAAAAACAGGCUGUUUUUGUUUGAAUUAAUUAUUUGUGUAUAUUCUUGCAUUAGUCAAAAUUUACUGGCUGUUAAAAAUCACAAAAAUGUAGACAGUAGUAAGAGUGAAAUGAGUUAAUAGAAAAAAUUAAAGGUAAUGCAUAAAAUGAACUACACUAUUCAUGUGCACUCACUUUAGUCACUCUUCUAUCAGCACAAAGCUUUUAUUAAUUUCUGUACUGGUGCUCAUAAUAAUUAUGCUUGCCUACUAAUUUCUACAUUGCAGUAUACAUAUGUUACUGUUAACAUUCCUCUUACUUAUGAUAAAAUAAAAUAUUCUAAAACAGAAGCACAAACUAUCAAAACUGCAAUUCAAAAUUGGGAUGGUUCCAUAUAUUUUGAGUGAGAAACAAAGGCCAUGAUCUCAAAUGAAGGGAAGGAAUGAAUUUUACAACCAAAUGUGAAUAAUUGAUAACAAUAUUAAAUUUACUUUUAAUGCAUCUUUGAUUUUUGUAAAUAUUUAUUUCUAGUAAUUUUAUUAUGUAUUGUGAUCCUAUUUUAUGAAAUAAUGUCUACUAGUGCAAUUAAUGUUCUAUGCAUGCCACUUAUGGUCCAAAAUUUUACAAAUUCUGGUUUCUAUGUUUUAUAUAAAUAAUCAUAUAUUUUGGACAGCUAAUAUCUAGUAUAUUAUUUUAAUUUAGUAUUUCCUUAAAUAUUCCAAACUGCCUUAGUUCAAAGUUUACACUUAUUAAACCUAAAAACUUGCAUAUGAAUUUGAUGUCCAAAAGACUUGUUUAAUUAAAUACAAUUUUGAGGUGUUAAAGUUAAAAUGUCAAUUCUCAGGCUGCUGGUAUAAGAAUUCAAUUACUAAUAUUAUUUAACUCUCUGAUGGACAAUAGAAGUACUAAUGUAACUUCUAUGGAGCAAUGUUCACUGUCCAUUAAUAUGUUAAUUAUAAAUGAACAUGUAUUUUAAAGCAAUAUAUUUUAUCUCAGAUAAAUGUAAAAGACAGGAAUGUUGUCUUAUGUAAAUUUUUGUCACAUAUUGUUAAGAGAGGUUAAUAGUUUGAUAUGAAAGAGAGUGUUUUAAUGAAAAAUGCCUUAUUACUACAAUAGAUCUUAAGACUUGAUAUUGAUACUGACUUAGAUGUAUUUGAAUAAGUUGUUAUGUCAAUCACCCAGACAGGUUUGAUAAUAGCAACUCCUAAUUUGUUGCAUUUAGUGAUUAAUAAAAUUGCAUACUUAUUUUAAAA